AUGAUCGGUGGACUUUUUGGACUGUUCUCAAUACUUCUAAUACCAUAUGUUGCUGGAAAGGAUAAAGAUCCGGAAAUGCAUAUGACAACACCACAAAUUGCAAUGAGAUGGGGUUAUCCAGCAAUGAUUUAUACUGUAGAAACAGAAGAUGGAUAUAUUUUGGAGAUGCAUCGAAUUCCUUAUGGCAGAAGUGAGUUUUGCCAAAAGGUUUCACAACAAACAGAAAAUAAAUAAAUGUAUUAUUAUUAGCUUGACUUAUAUCUAAAACUUCAGCUAAUGUCACAUGGCCAAAUGGAAAACGCCCAGUUAUUUUUAUGCAACACGGAUUACUUGCUUGCAGUAGUGAUUGGGUUAUGAAUUUGCCUGAUCAAAGUGCCGCAUUUAUUUUUGCCGAUGCUGGAUUUGAUGUUUGGAUGGGAAAUAUGCGUGGAAACACAUACAGUAUGAAACAUAAAGAUUUGAAACCAUCACAUUCAGCAUUUUGGAAAUGGAGUUGGGAUGAAAUGGUACAAUAUGAUUUGGAUGCGAUGAUAAAUCAUGUUUUACAAGUUACCGGACAAGAAAAUCUCUAUUAUAUGGGACAUUCACAAGGAACUCUUACUAUGUUCUCUCAUUUGUCCAAAGAUACUGAUGGAAGCUUUGUAAAGAAAGUAAAAAAGUUUUUCGCAUUGGCGCCUGUUGGAUCAGUCAAACAUAUCAAAGGUUUCCUAUCAUUUUUCGCUCAUUACUUCGAUCUUGAAUUCGAUGGCUGGUUUGAUAUUUUCGGAGCUGGCGAGUUUCUUCCAAAUAGUUGGGCUAUCAAAUUAGCAGCAAAAGAUAUUUGUGGUGGACUGAAAAUCGAAUCAGAUCUUUGUGACAACAUUCUUUUCCUUAUCGCAGGCCCAGAAAGUAAUCAAUGGAAUACGGUACAUUUCAACAAAAAUUAAGAAUAGAAAGAGAAAAAUGAUAUUACAGACAAGAAUGCCGAUUUAUAUCGCUCAUGAUCCAGCAGCAACAUCAACACAGAAUAUUGUUCACUGGAUGCAAAUGGUCAAUCAUGGCGGAGUGCCCGCCUAUAAUUGGGGAACGAAAGAGAAUAAGAAAAAGUACGGUCAAGUGAGUGAUAGAAAUAAGAAAAUUGUAAUUAAUCAUUAUGUUGUACUAUGAGUAGGCCAAUCCACCGGAAUACGAUUUCACAGCCAUCAAAAAGCCAGCGCAAAUUUAUUUGUAUUGGAGUGAUGCUGAUUGGUUGGCUGACAAAGAGGAUGUAACAAAUUAUUUGUUGACCAGAUUGGAUCCAAGUGUUGUUGUGGUAAAAUGAAAAGGUUGUUAGGCACUUUCUAAAAAUAAUACUUCAGCAAAACGUCCAUCUACCUGAAUACAAUCAUCUUGAUUUUACUUGGGGACUUCGCGCGCCAAACGAUAUCUACCAUCCAAUCGUCGAAAUUUGUACAAAAGAUUAUCUCGGCGAAACAUAA